AUGGUUGCUGCCCCUUUCCCGGUCGUCCGCGCGGCUCGAGCGCCACUCUCCUUCCCCCCUCCAGCGAUCUGCCGUUCUUCGGGUGCACCUAGAGCGGACAGGGCGCCGCCUCCUACUGCAUUUCUUUUAUCUACGCGCUCCACCGCCUCUUCCGCCUUCCCGCAACCGAACCCACUCCAUCUGGAGGAAAGAGGGCAACAUGACGCCCGCGGGAGCUCUUCGAUUCCUCCUGGCCGCCAGCGGGCCAGGCAGCUGUCUCCCACUGUCUCUCAGGACCCGCGCGGCGCCCCGCGGCCGGCGCCUCUCCGCUGGGGACGCGAGGCGGGCCUGAGGCGCUACAGGGCGGAGGGACAAGCCGCCAUUGCCUGUGUGCCUCCGCGAAGCAGGCACACCGACACACACGUUGCCCUCUGUGCGCCGGGGGCGUUCGCUUUUUCUGAACCCGCGCUUGGCACGCCCCACGGCGCCGCUGAGGAGCUUGCCUUGCGCAGCUCGCCGGGGCUCCGGCGUGCUGCUGUGCGUUGGCGGGCAGCCGCGGAGGCGCGCAAACACGCUGCAGAGGCCGACUCAGCCGGAGAAGCAGGAGGUACGAAUCUCGGAGUCGAAUCCGUGCGUGCCUCGCCUUCUUUCUCUUCUUCGUGCUUGCCUUUGGCCCCCUCUACUUUUCUGGCGCCCUCGUCCCUCCCUUCUCGUCUAUCUGCGGCCUCGUCUUCUGCAGCGUUGACGUUCGCUUCUUGGAGGGUCGCCCGCGAUGGCGGACAGACACGCCGAAAAGUGUGCGCAUCUGAAGACGGGUGCCGCAGGCAUAGCCGACGCUGCUUCACUGUGUUGGCACCGGCGCGGCAGCCUGGCAAGCGUACCGCGCCUCUGCUGGACAUCGAGUCUUCGGGCUUCACCGAACCGUCGUCGUCAUGCCUCGAUUCGUGUUCACCUAGCCCUGCGUCUUCUUCGUGUUCCACUUCUUCUCCCUCUGGUCUUUCCUCCCCUUAUUCUGCGACUUCCUCCGCGGAAGUCGCUUCCUGGUCUUCUGCCGAAUGCAGCGCAUGCGAGGUUUCGUCCUCUGCGCCGCUGGAAGAAGAUCUUCUUUUGCGUAGUUGGGCGGCCUUCCGCGGCGGAGACGGGGCGAGGAUCCUCGCGGAAAAGCCGAGAGAGAGGGAGACGGAGAUUGCGAAUCUGACUGCGCAACUUACAGAUGCCAUUAACUCACGACAGGCGCAGGGCGUGAGCAAACUGGAAAGCGAAGAAGAGGCUCUUCAACGGUUUGCCCGCGACAUUUCAGUGAAGAGGGAUGGUGAUCAAGAGACAGCUGUGCUCGGAGACAGCUGCCUCCAACGCGAUCUCUCCCUCUUCAAGGCGGUCUCGACAAGCCUCGCGUUGGAGCACCUCUCUGUGCGCCUUCUUGAGCUUCUUCUUGCAACCCGCCAAGCUGCCUUCCGCUCGCUUUCCUCCUCUGCAUCGUCGUCUCCCUCCUCUCUUUCUGAGUCUGCGCAUUCGACUGCCUUGCCCGCAGAGGGUCACCCGGCGCUGGUGGCCAGCGCACAGGAGGCUCUGCCUGCUGAGCUCGAGCUUGUCUCCUUUUCGGCUCCCCCCCCUGUCUUCGUGCCGGAGAGUGUCUCCGCCGGCGACGAGCCGCUACGGGGGCCUGCGGCCGCGUAUCCGCUGCUCCCUGCUUCUGCGCUCGUGUGCGUCGACGCAGUUGAGGAAGGUGGACGCCAGGAGGCUUCGCUCUGGGUCUAUAGACAGUUCUUGCUGCUGGGCGUCCUGCGGCUGCUUCCACGGUCUUCGGGCUUCGCCGUUCAGAUGCCUGUUCUCCGCGUCCUGCUUGAUUCAGCGCUCCCGUGUGCCAGACCCGCGCCUGUCGACAUUUCAUCGUCGCCGCAGAGCGAAGAAUUCUCCGGCGCGAGUCGUCUAGAAGGCGGCGAGAGCCCCGCGGGUCGCGGGGGCGAGGGCCCAUCAGCCCCUGUCUCCUCGGACACAGAGACUGGCGUGGCGCGGGCGCCGGCGGCCGGCGCCGGUGCGGGCGCCGGCGCGUGCGUCGCUACCGGGGGCGCCGAAGGAACUUUGCGGCUGGGCGGAAGAGGCUCAGGCGAGGAGAACUCGUGGCAUCCGGCCGUGAUUUUCCGCGUCGCGCUGCAGGCCCUCGCAACGUGUCCCCUUCCAUCGUUAUCUUCUGAUGUUCAACACAAAUGCUGGGCGGCGCUCUACUUCUCGCUUUGGCACUGGGACGCACAGGUCCACGCCAGUUUCCUCCGGGCUUCCUCGUCCCCCCCCUCUGCGCGUCAGGGUCCGCAUUCCUCUUCUUUUCUCUCUAGUGAAGCGAGUUUAAGUGGCGCCGCACACGGCGCGGCUCCCCCCCCCUCGGCUGCCUCCGACCUUACUCAGUCUCAACCAUCCCUUCCCCCCCCUCAGACGGUUUCCUCCGCUCGGCACGCCUCCGCCUUGCGAGCUUCCACAGCUGCUGAGUCGCUGGCCCCUUGUGCCGCGCCGUGUUUUUCCCCGGCCUCUGCCUUGUCUUCACCGGCGUCGCUGCUUGGCGAGCGACCCUUCGCCUCGCCCUUUCCUGAGCCGCCGCUGGAUGCACUUCUGCGAUGGACGUCGCUGAGGACACUGGCGCCCUACUCGCGCGCGGCGUCGCCUCGGCCUGAAGCCUCUGUCGCGGCUCUCUCUUCGUUUUCUUCGUCCCCGGAGGCGGAGGCCCGCGCGGCCCUCGUGGCGGCGGCGGCUCAGGCUGGCGCCUUGUGCACAGCCCGCGAGGCUGUUCAGCUUCUUCAGGCGCUGAACCACUUCAAGCACCACGUGACCGAUCUUCCGUGGCUCCUCGCCCCGCACCCGUCCUCUCGCGUCUCGUCGCCGCCGGCGUCACCUUGCAAGCCUGAGAACCCCGACGGCGAAGGCGGCGAGGGCGGCGAAGGCGGCGAGGGCGGCGAGGGCGGCGAGGGCGGCGAAGGCGGCGACUGCGAUAGCCUUCCGAGCUUCCUGAGUGAACUCCACUCUGCCGACGAGCCGUCCGCAGCCCUGGAGUCCCCCUCUGCGGUCUCCUCGCCCGCGCGCCGGCGGCGGUCGGAGGCAUCGGAGGCGUGGCUCGCGGCGGUGCAAGACCUGCUUCUUCGGCUCCUGACCGCGUGCAUUUCGACGGUCGGGCUCGCGGAGACGCGGGGCAUUUUGGCGGCUCUCGGCCGGCAGGAAGUCCGCGACGCAGUCUUCGUGCACGCGCUGGCGCACCGCGUCGCAGAGCUGAUGGGCGAAGUCCCCCAGCGACCGCAGGAGACAGGCCCGAGCCCUGCGCAGAGCAAGAUCCGAGAGGCGGUCGCCGAGGGCCCGAGCCAAGGGGUGGCGGCCAAGCUCCAAGAGGCAAAGUCCAGGAUGGGGCGGAAGGGGCUCGAGGUGGAAGAGAUCGCGCAAGGCGCUUCGCCGGGCAAGGCGUUUGAGUUGUGGGAAGCCGGCAGCGCCGCCGCCGGGGGCCCGCCCCUGAGCUACAGCGGCAAGCGCCUGAAGCUCUCGGAGAUGCACGGCAUCGUCAUGCUGGCCAUGAAGGCCGAAGUCUACGACCAGCAUUUGAUUGACGCCCUGGCUCGGCUUAUAGUCGGAGACCCCCCGCCGUUCUCGCGGCCCGCGGCGGCUCCCUCCUCGCCCUCCUCGGCCUUCGCGCGCUUCUCGUCGCCUUCGGAGGCCAGUGACGGCGAGGCGCUGGAGCGCGCGCAGCUCGGGUGUCUGAUUGGCAUCGUGCAGACACUCGGCAAGCUGCAAGCGCGCACCGGCGACUCAGCGCUCUUUGACCGCAUGCUCCAGGCCCUCUGCGGCGAGCUUCACCGCCGGCACGCGUUCAUCCACGACGGCACAGCGGGUCAGGUUCUGCUCGGCCUUCUGCGUCUGCGCUUUGUCCAUCCGCCCCUGAUUCGCGCGCUGGCGCUCAAAAUUACCCGCGCGGCCUCCCGACAGAACGCACAGCAGGCGGUCUUGCAGCUCAAGCUCCCUGAGGCACCUGCUGCGUGGGCCCCCGCCGAAAAGGGCAGGGCGGGCGCGGCCGGCGCGCCUCUUGAUGGCGACAACCCUGCGACGGGCAGCGGCGUCAACACCAAUCACUUUGUGCUCGCGGCCAACAUGAUCAGCCGCAACGGGUUCUACAGCUUCUCGCUUCUCCAGCAAGUCAUAAAAUUGCAGCUCACGUCGGGGGCGCCGACAAGCGUGCUGGCGAUGACGCAGAUGCUCGCGACCCUGGGCAGGUUCAGCGACUUCCAACCUGCAGACACGCACCUGCGCCUCCUCAUUCGCUGGUGCCUUCCUCGCUUCGUCACGGAGCUCAUGCGACGCCCGCAGAGCGCGAUUUCGCCGCUGAACGCAUCGCAGCUCCUCUCGUCGUUCGCGAAGCUGCGCCACGUGGAUGUCCCUUUCCUCUCCUACCUGCUCUCCAUCUUCACGUCGCCCUGUCCAGCGGCCUCGCCUCCGUCGCCCCCGGUGUCUCUUCCUUUUCCCUCCGCGGACGGCGAAGAGAGCGCGGGUGCGCCGGCUGCGCAGCUCGAGGUGCCGCGGUCUUCGCCUCUGGCCUUCGCAGCGCUCCCGCCGUGCCCCUUCGACGUCCGCGCAUGCAGACGCGUGUUGCGGUCGCUGGACUCUGCUUCACUCAUCUCGAUUGUCGAGGCAAUUGACGCCUUGGAAUUCUGGACGCCCACCUCUCUCCACCUCAUCUACCAGAUUAAGUGCCUGCUGGAGGAUGAGCUGCACGACCUCAAGGCGGCGCAGAUCAUCGCCGUCUGUCUCGCCUUCCGCGACUGGCACUUCCGAGACUGGGAGCUCCCCGCAGCCAUGGUCGCGGGUGAGGCGAUGGAAGACGAGAAGGAAGAAGAGGGUCACGCCGCGACGCGCGCGGACGCGGCUUUCGCUCAGGCGGUCGGCGCCCUCCUCGGUCCGGCAGCGUCGCUUGUCCUUCCUCUCCCCCAGAAGGGCCCUGCAUGCGAUCCUCCUCCUCCUCACUUUUCAGCGUGCUCUUCUGUCGCUUCGUCUCCGCUUGAGUCUCUGCUAUCUCCGCUUCAGCUCGCUUCGCCGCCCCUCGCCUCCUCUGCGGCCCUGGCACUUCCCAGCCGUCGGCGAGCGGAAGACCUUCUCUGGCUGCACCGGAGCGUCUGGAAGGAGGAGCUGGUCCUGAACUGCGUCGAGGCCCUCGAGCGCCACGAGUCGUUUGCCCUCUCCAACUGGCUUUGCAUGCAGAAACUCAAGACGCUCGUCGACGCGAUUCACCUCGGCGUCUUCUUCCCCUACUUCUCCUGGAUGUACGUCCGCCCCUUUCCAUCCUCCGCGUCCUCACGGUCCUCUGCGACCGGCUGCUGCGCAGGCGCGGCUGCCGCGGCGACCUCGGGGGGCCUUAGGCACGACCGCGCCCCUCAGGGCGCUGGAGAGCGCGCGGGGGGAAUGGGGAGAGAAGGAGACGCGUGCGAGGGUUCUGCCUCGGCAGAAGUCGAGCGAGAAGCGGGGGCGAGCCCGUCGCCUCCAGGAGUCCAGGGGGCUGUGAAGUUCCCGCCACACAGCAAGGCCGCUUCUGGUCAAACUUCGCCUCAACACGCCUGUUCUGCACCGCUCUAUGAAGUCCUCGACGUGGUGCCCCCGGCGUACGAAUGCCCGCCGGCGGCCUCAGGGUCGCCGCAGGACCCGACGUCCGCGUCUGCCGCGCAGCCUCCGCAGAAGAAACAAAAAAGCCGCGCACACGUGACGCGGCGGCGCGAGGCGCCCUCGAGCGAAGAGCCCCUGGCAGAAAAAUCGGGGAUUUCUUUCGUGGAGCGCUUCCAAGUUCUCCCCCAGUGGCUGUGGAGACAGCUGAUGGAGACCUGCAGAGUCACGCGGGGACAAGUCGAGAUCAACCGCCACCUGCAUGACCGAGACGGCGAAGAGGCCACCGAGGGAGGGUCCCUCACUAGCUUCCACGGCGAAGUAGGCGGCACAGACGGCCCCGCACCCCCUGCGUCCUCGGCCGCUUCCGCGUCUUCCCCCUGCUCAGCCGUACGACCUCUGCUUCUGCGGCAGGUGCGCUCGAAGUCUUCCUCGUCUUUGGUCGCGGCUUCGUCGCUCAGUCACCUCGCACUGAAGACUGAAGUCCCGCCCGCGCCCGCGGUCUCUCCCUUCUCGCUCGCUGCCUCGUCGCCGCCGUCUUCGCGCUCGCACUCGAGUUGCUUCUCUGAUCCCGGCGACACGCCGCUGGAGGCGAGUCACCCUCCAGUCCUCUUCCCUUUCGGGCACCGCGGCGUCGGCGCAGAACUCGAAGGCGAAGGCCCGUUCAAAGUCUUCGUCGACCCGUUCGGGAGACGCGGAGGCUGGAGUCGUGUAGUUGUCUCUUCUUGCUUCCAGAAAUCAAGUGCGAUCGUUGCGCGGAAGCACCUUCGUGCAUGGCUCGAGGGGAACAAAGCCCCGACUUGCUCGACAGACGCCGCUUGGGCUUCUUCACUCGGGAAGGCCUAA